ACCCUGUCCCAGGCCAAUGGUUUGUUUCCCAUCUUCUGGACAUCGGGGACCUGUAUAAAAUAGCACGCGAUCUAGAUCACCGCCCCCCCUUUGGUUUCUUUCACCCAUGAGAGAGGACACCUGUUCACCUUUCCAGUUCAGUGAAUUCCUUCCCCCUGAGGCUUCUCUCCUCUCGGAGGUGGAGACUGCAAUGCUCUUUAGAGAUCAACAAGCUGAUUUCUCCAGCCACGUUCUGUCCCUAACCAGUGGAGCACAGCAGACCUGGUCUUUUGAGACCUCGCAUCGAAGAUGGCUCAGGCACCAACAGUCAUCGUGACUCAACCUGGAUUUGUCCGUGCUCCCCAAAAUUCCAACUGGCAGACCAGCCUGUGUGAUUGCUUCAGUGACUGCGGAGUCUGCCUCUGUGGGACCUUUUGCUUCACUUGUCUUGGAUGUCAAGUGGCGGCCGACAUGAAUGAGUGUUGUCUGUGUGGAACAACGGUGGCCAUGAGGACUCUCUACCGAACCCGAUACGGCAUUCCUGGAUCCAUUUGUGAUGACUACAUGGUGACCCUCUUCUGUCCUGUUUGCUCUGUGUGCCAAAUCAAGAGAGACAUUAACAAGAGGAGAGCCAUGAACGCUUUCUAAAGAGCUGGAUGGCGAGAGCUCCGGCCGAUGCAGCUCAACUCAGCACACACCCCUUCAGCCCGAGUCUUUCCAAAGAGAUGGGAUGGAUCCAUUUAAUUAGAGAACGGUGAAAUCUUUCUAAUUGGGCCUUUUGAUUUAUUUUAAAUGGAUGUCAGUCUUUGACUUGGUUUCUUCUUGCUCCCAUAUCAUCAAAUAUUGGAGCCUAUAAUUUUUUUACCUUACAUUUUAAGUAGAAACCAAAUAAAAGAUUUUGCUAAGAAGA